AUGCUCGUGUCUGACCUGGACAGGGGACGACUUGUUAACUGUGGCGACUCGAACCUGGUGGUUCGGCAGAUGAGUGGAAAGAUUGAAUGUAAGUCGCCGAGUCUGAAAUUGCCCCGGCAGAAAGCAAUGGAUCAGUUGCGAUCUUGGCCAGAACAUGAAUUUCUCCAUGUGAAGAGGGACUGGAACCAGAGCGCUGACAGUCUAGCAAGUGCGGCACUGCAAAAAGGUGAAGGUUCCGUGAUCAUGACAGAAGCCAACCGGUAUGAUUUGAUAACGCUCAGCCACUUGCCAGAGUUAUUGGUCCCUCAAUCUGACCAGACGGUGAUUAAGAUUACAGCCGUCAUGAGAUCGCACCGGCGACACAGGCCAGAAGUGCUACAGGAAGUUGUUGUACAGCGAGUACCAACGGAUCGAAUUGCUCGAGCUCAAGGUGAGGAGAAGUGGGAUGAGGACCUUAAGAUGUAUUUGCGAGGGGGUGUGCAGGAUCCGACAACGACGGAAGCUAAAACCUGUGCCAAGAUCGCAGAAGAUUUCGAGACCGACGAGGCCGGCCUUCCCUUCUCCUGUCCUCCGUCCAAACAAUCUGGCAAAGAUGGCGACCUCGUGAUGUACCAGAAUUGUUGCAAAGCGACAUUCUUCACCACUACCAUAGCGUCACGGUGCCGACAGACGCCGACCUACCGACACAUAAACGAUCAAAUCUAUAUUGAAGGGAUAUAA